CCGGUCAUGUGAAGGUAGAGGCUCAGAGUGAUGAAGAGCGAGGGCGUGCCUGUGACAUGAAUGGGGAGGCGUGUGCCCAGGACUUGCGCGUGCUUGGCGCCGAGGGCGAGGACGUGAAUGGCUCCCACGGCGGCCCGGGCGGCAGAGCGCUGUCCGGCGCUGGAGGCAUCCGGCUUCCUAACGGCAAACUGAAGUGCGAUGUCUGUGGGAUCGUGUGCAUCGGCCCCAAUGUGCUCAUGGUGCACAAGAGAAGCCACACGGGAGAGCGGCCCUUCCAGUGCAGCCAGUGCGGGGCCUCCUUCACGCAGAAGGGCAACCUGCUGCGCCACAUCAAGCUGCACUCCGGGGAGAAGCCCUUCAAGUGCCACCUCUGCAACUACGCCUGCCGCCGGCGGGACGCCCUCACCGGUCACCUGCGCACACAUUCCGUUGGUAAACCUCACAAAUGUGGAUAUUGUGGCCGGAGCUAUAAGCAGCGAAGCUCCUUAGAGGAACAUAAAGAGCGCUGCCACAACUACUUGCAAACCAUGGGCCUUCCCGGCACGCUCUACCCAGUUAUUAAAGAGGAGGCGAACCACGGCGAGGCGGCCGAGGACCUGUGCAAGGCGGGCGCCGAGCGGGCCCUCGUGCUGGACAGACUCGCAAGUAACGUCGCCAAACGUAAGAGCUCUCUGCCUCAGAAAUUCGUUGGGGACAAGUGCCUGCCGGACGCGCCCUACGACGGCGGCAGCGGCUACGAGAAGGAGAACGAGCUGAUGCAGACGCACGUGAUGGACCAGGCCAUCAACAACGCCAUCAGCUACCUGGGCGCCGAGGCCCUGCGCCCGCUGGUGCAGACGCCCCCGGGCGGCGCCGAGGGGGGCGCGGUCCUCAGCCCCCUGUACCCGCUGCACAAGCCGCCCGGGGAGGCCGCGCGGGCCGGCCUGUCGGCGCAGGACAGCGCCGUGGAGAACCUGCUGCUGCUGUGCAAGGCCAAGAACCUGUCCUCCGAGCGGGAGGCCUCGCCCAGCCACAGCGGCCACGACUCCACCGACACGGAGAGCAACGAGGAGCACCGGGCCGGCCUCCUCUACCUGACCAACCACGGCGCGCACGCCCGCAACGGGCUGGCCAUCAAGGAGGAGCUGCCGGCCUACGAGGUGCUGCGGGCCGCCUCCGAGGGCGCGCAGGACGCCCUCCGCGUGGUGGGCGCGGGCGGGGAGCCCCUCAAGGCCUACAAGUGCGAACACUGCCGCGUGCUCUUCCUCGACCACGUCAUGUACACCAUCCACAUGGGCUGCCACGGCUUCCGCGACCCCUUCGAGUGCAACAUGUGCGGCUACCACAGCCAGGACAGGUACGAGUUCUCCUCCCACAUCACGCGGGGCGAGCACCGCUACCACAUGAGCUAAGCGCAGCCCGCGGGCCAGGACCGCAGCGCCAGGCUGCCCGAUGCUGCAAUAUGGACCAGACCGACCAGACCAGGGCUCUCGUUUCCAGGAUAGGGGUGGCUGUUGCUGUUUUUCUAAGUUGGCUGUGAAUUUGAUCUGAUGGGGUAACCGAUGAUGCAACCGUUGGCACGUUGAUGUUUCUCUCCCCCCCUCCCUUUCAGUCCAAAAAAAUCCACAGAAAUAAUGCCCUCGGGUGAGGAUUAACCAAAAAAAAAAAAAAAAAGGAUGGAGCCCACAGAGGUGGCAUCCCGCGCCAGGGACUCUGUGCUCAGCACAGCCUGGCAUUUUGAAACUGGCAGUGAGCACAACCGGCACCACGUGGCCGGGCACACCUGCCCCCGUGGCCGGCCUCCACACGGGAGCCUCCGUGGGCCCUGUGCGCUGCCCACCCGGCCCACGGUCAGGCGCUCGGAGGGAGCUGCUUUUCCCAGCGGCCUCGGGCGGGGCUGACCCGGAAUUGUACGUAGCCCUCUGCUAAAACGCUUCCCCGCUCCUCACUGCCUCUUCUAGCCAAUGGACUGUCCCUCUACACCCUCCCUGUUGGGGUUUUCACUGUAACUGUUUCUCUGAAACACUGUAUUUAAAUAAGGUUCCCUAGGUUGGCAGCGGGCGAUUAAAUGAUGUGGGCCCGGUGGCCAUGCUCGGGCCUACGCUUCAGGGCUCCCUCGGCCAGGAAGCCGGCCCCUGCCUGCCCUCCGCCUGGUCCUUCUGUGCUUGUCCUGCUGUUGGGCGGCGUGGGUGUGUGUCUCGGGUUUCCUACUCGCUCCCUGGGUUCAAAAUGAACGUCAGGUGGUCCGGCCCGUGUGGGUCAGGGGUUGAGCAUCGACCUAUGAACCAGGAGGUCACAGUUUGAUUCCCGGUCAGGGCACAUACCCGGUGGCAGGCUCGAUCCCCAGUGUGGGGUGUGCAGGAGGCAGC